AUGGACAAGCGAUUCGGAAAGUUCCUGGUUUGCACAGCAUCCCAAUCGUACCUUGCGCCACGAAACAUGGAUUCUUCCUCUGAGUCUCCGCAACUGGCAGCACCCCCAGCCGAAUCGGCUGGGUCCCCUACCGUGAAUACGAGUGCAGAUGGAAGAAAGGGCACCCGACUAAGCCAACUGAAGAAUGCUACCAAGACUGCGGGGUACCAGGUUAAAAGCUCAUUGAAGGCAAUGUCUCAGAGUGCGAGGGUACUUCCCCCGCUCAAGUCCGCUUUGGGGGAUAUGUCCGAGUUUAUUGGCAUCUUGAUGGACGUUGCAAAGGAUGACGAAAAUCUUGACGAACUCUUCACCGAGCUUCAACUCAGAACCAAUGCUUUGGAGACAUAUGUUGUCAACCUGAGUCUGGAAUCGAGUGGGGAUACUUUAUCAUUAGUUUUCAAGCCAAUACUCGAUGAUCUACAAUCAACGAAAAGAGAUAAGGAGCGAGGAACAAUGCGAGCUUCUGAGGUUGUGAGGCGCGCACGCAAGAUCGAAAGCCAUUUGCGAGUUUUACAUGAUGAGGUUUCACUUCGAACUCUAGAUAUGACAGCCAAGCAGCAAGUGGAAAUGUGGCUGUCCCGCCUUUCAGAAGUAUCUGAUGCUGCAUACAACUCAACCUAUGCAACGACAGUCCAGCGUGGAGACUGCACUUCUGGGACUCGCCAGGAACUACAAAGGAUGCUACAGCUAUGGGCUCGUCCUGAGUACGAUCGAUCUGAGGAUAUUCAACAGGACAACCUUGGCACGGCUAGGGUGUUUCUGAUCAACGGUAUGGCUGGAACAGGAAAGACAACGAUUGCAUAUAGCCUAUGCAAAUGGCUUGAUGCAAAUGCUCAACUUGGUGCCAGCUUCUUUUGUUCACGUACCUCGCCUCUAUGCAGGAAGAUUGAUAGAAUAAUCCCGACGAUAGCAUAUCAACUUGGACGUUUCUCGCGUGUAUAUCGAUCCGCACUUUGCAAAGCCAUAGAGGAAGAACCAGAUGUUGCGAUGCGAGAUGUUCGUGUGCAGUUCGAGAAGCUCAUAGUACAACCGAUGAAGUCCACAGGGGAGCUGUUAGCAGGCACAAUCGUGACUAUCGACGCUUUGGACGAGUGUGAAGAUAGAGAUGGCGCAGAAACGAUUCUCGGCCUCCUGAGAACCCACGCCCUGGAUAUGCCUAUCAAGUUUCUUCUAACAAGCCGACCAGAACCCUUUGUCCGAGAAAAAAUGUUGGAAACAGAUAGAACGCUAUCGAUCAUAAGCCAUCUGCAUGACAUCGAAGCAUCUGUAGUGGAAAGUGACAUCAAGACAUAUCUUGCUAGCGAACUUCAUCACAUAUCUCCUCCUCUAACAGAAGCUCAAUUGUGCCAACUCGCAAAGCAGUCAGGGACAUUAUUCAUAUACGCUGCCACUAUUGUGCGAUAUGUCAGUCCCCGGCGCGUCCGUGUAGACUCGGCCUCUCGGCUAAAGAAUGUACUCGCUAUAAGUUCAAAAGGAUCCCAGGCAGUUCUCACCGGAACAGUAAACAAGUUAUACAAGGAGCUUGACGCACUAUAUCGCACGGUACUAGAUCUCGCGUUUAACGAAGCCCUGGAAGAGGAAGAAUUGGAAAUUAUGCGGGCCGUACUCGAGACAAUUGUAUGCGCGAUGGAACCAAUGUCUCUGAAAACUCUCUCGGAUCUGUUAGAAUUGACAAAAGAUCAAAUCACGUACUCUUUGGAUCCUCUGUACUCCGUCCUCCAUGUCCCAGCAGAGGACGAGCUUGUUUCAACCCUACAUGCCUCAUUCCCUGACUUUCUUUUCGAUCAGAUGCGAGCAGGUCCAAAGUACUUUUGUAAUGAAGCUCGGCGAAAUAAAAUAUUAGCUCAAAACUGCUUCGACAUCAUGAAACGACAGCUUCGAUUCAAUAUAUGCAAGCUCGAGACAUCUUUCGUCGCGGACAACGAGAUUCCGGGUAUCCAAGAACGAGUCAAGGAAUCAAUUUGUCUGGCACUGCUUUAUGCGUGCAAGUUUUGGGGUAGCCAUCUUCAGGCAACUCAGAUCCCCACCUGUGAGGAUUUACAUGACAUGCUAUACGAAUUUAUGUCACUUCGAUUUUUAUUUUGGGUAGAGGUGAUGAACUUGAACAAAUGCAUUGGAAUUGCUCUGUCACUACUACGUCAGACACGAGUAUGGCUUCAUACAAAUAACAUAUGGCCGGACACUUGGAAGGGGUUGAUCAAUGCACAAAGGUUUUUGACUCACUUCGGGGCAAACGCGUGCUCAAUUUGCACCCCCCACAUCUACAUAUCGGCGCUACCUCUGUGCGCAAGAUCCAACACAGUAUACACAACCUUCUCGAAGCGGACUCGGGGAUUAGUUGAAGCUGGAAAUCUAGCCUCGUCUGGAGAUGAGGGAAUAGGAUGGGCGUCCUUCAGCGCACAAUCAAAGAUUGGAUCAAUCAUGUUCUCUCGUGACGGAACUCAGGUUUUUUAUAGGACUUUCCUUGGAUUUAUCGAGACUUGGAGUUUGCACGGCACCAAUAGUAGUUUCAGGCUAUCCGAAGAAAAUAUUGUUUGCUUCGCAAUAUCCUCGGACGGCUCAACACUUGUGGCCGGGACUUCCGCUCACACCAUCUGCAUCUAUAAUAUGGAUGAUGAUAGGCGCCUUGACACGCUCGAUACUCGUAGUCCGCAAUCGGUCCGUUCUAUUGCCAUCUCUCGGAGUGUACCCACUUAUAUAGCCUCGGGGCAUUCGGACAACGUCAUACGAAUAUGGGACAUCCGUUCCAAGGAGCAGAUCGGGGCCCCACUGAUAGGCCAUAAAGCUCGCAUACCCUCUCUUGUGUUCUCGCCCACCUGUAUGCAACUAGCUUCUGGUUCUGCAGAUACAACCAUUCGGAUAUGGGAUAUUACCUCCGGCCUCCAAGCCAGCCAAGUGCUCGAAGGGCAUUUGGAUGCUGUGAAUUCCGUCGCGUUUUCUCUUGACGGGACCCGCCUUGUUUCCGGAUCUUCUGACCGAACCAUAAGAAUGUGGGAUGUAUAUAGUGGUCUCCCUCUCGGAAUUUUUCAAGGCCAUACACAGGGGGUCUCGUCGGUCGCCUUUGCACCCGACAGCCCUAAAUUCGUCUCUGGUUCUCUGGACGAGACAAUCCGGUUCUGGGAUGUCAAUACUGGCAAGCAACUUGGUUUACCACUUGGGGGACAUACCGGAGGGGUAUCAUCGCUAGCAUAUUCUCCCGACGGGUCCUAUGUUGCUUCAAGCUACGACAAAACGAUCUGCAUUUGGGAUGCACAUGCUAGCACAAUUAUCAGCUAUCCGAUAGAAAUACCUGAGACACACAGUACUCCACUAAGACGGUCAAGCGAAAACGAAGAUCUCGGAUCGAAAAAUCCAUGGGACAUCCACAUCAACCCAAAAUUCGAUUGGAACCUGUAUGAAAAGGAACAGCUUCGACGCUAUCAUUAUCAAACUUUAUUCAAUACAGAAGACCAUUUUAUUGCUCGAUCACAAUGGCCAAAUGAUUUUCGCAGCGUACGCUCACAAGAUGGGGCCAUCCUUGUAAGCUGCGGGCCACGACUCGAGACCACGAUCAAGACGAACCUAAACCAGGUUAUAUGCGUGGCAUUCUCCCCUCGUUGUGUCCGCAUUGUCGUGGGACUGCUUGGGAUGAACAAGUCAGCUGAACUGUGGGAGGUGAACCUUCCUAAAGCCGGGUUCGACAAAACACAAGAUAUGCUUUAUUCGAGAAAUAAACCUGCAAUGGAACAGAGAGAUAUCAAUAAUCGAAGAGUUCCUCAUGAAAAUCAUACUUCUACUAAAGGAAAACUUGGCUCAAAGAUCAAAGCAUUUGGUCCAGUGACAUUAACUGGCGAUGGAUGGGUGAAAGGAGUUGAGAAUCAGUUAUUGUUUUGGUUCUGCCCUAUUAUUCACUGCGAUAUUUUGCUCCUUCGCCCGCCCAACCUGCUAUUCAUUGUGGGUGAUGUCGCGUUUGCGGUGAUUUCUCGCCAGUUCCGUGAAAUGCCACGGUCUCGUAUCGAUGGGUUGCUUACCUCUUUCCCCAAACUAAUUCCUGCCAACUCCCAACACACAUCGAUCGAGGCCCAAGACGUGCGCUACGUGUACCAGCCUCUCGAAGAUCUCUACAUUCUUCUGAUUACCAACAAAGGUUCAAAUAUUCUGCAAGAUAUAGAUACCUUACACCUGUUUGCUCGAGUCGUCUCGGAUAUAUGUCGAACCGCGGAUGAACGGGAGAUUUCACGAAACGCCUUUGAACUAUUGGGCGCGUUCGAUGAGGUUGUGAAUUUGGGAUACCGUGAGCAAGUUGGGCUCCAGCAAGUCAGGAGUAUCUUGGAAAUGGAAAGUCACGAGGAGAAGAUUCAGGAAAUCAUUGCCAAGAAUAAAGAAGCAGAGGCCAAAGAGGAACUCAAGCGACGCGCCAAGCAGCUCGAAAUGCAGCGUCGCGAGAUGCAGAAACGUGCUCAAGGAGGUAGUGGAGGUAUCGGUAGCAGUUAUCUUAGUCCUGGAAUGGGUGGAAGUGGUGGAUACUCCAGUGUUCCUCGCUUUGAAGCUCCUGCAGAGCGUCGCGCUGUAUCUCCUCAACCUUCAAGCCUCAAGCCGGCUUUCAAGGCCUCGGGCAUGAAGCUCGGCAGCAAAAAGGCCAAGCAGUCCGAACUUCUCGAUGCCAUGGGCGGUGAACUCGCUACUCCGACCGGCUCUAUUCCGGGCACACCUGUGCCCCCAGACCUAUCCGCUAGUGCUACCUUGUCUGCUCCGCCUCCUGGGCCAGCCGUCCACGAAGAAUCAGUCCACGUUGUCAUCCGCGAGAGAGUCAAGGCUUCCAUCCUUCGUGACGGCCGGCCGAAAGAACUGGAAAUUAUGGGUGACUUGGAUCUCAAAGUCGCCGAUGCUGCGGACGCCCGUAUCAAAUUGAACAUUGCACCACUCGGGUCGGGAGGAGAGGGUGCUCAGUUCAAGCAGCAUCCCAAUGUCGCCAAGUUUGCUGGAGGUGUUGGGAUUCAGGGUGAGGUGAAACUGAAAGAUCCAGCGAGAGGGUUCCCUGUUGGUCAGCCCCAGCCUUUGAACGUGCUCAAAUGGAGGUGGGGCUCCAAGGACGAAACUAGGUUGCCUUUGUCAAUCAAUGUUUGGCCGUCUCCGGCUGGAGAUGGAACAUGCGAAGUGAACAUCGAAUGGGAAUUGCAAAAUACGGAUCUGGAUUUGCAGGACCUUGUGAUUAGCAUACCUCUCCCGAGUGGCGCAUACCCAACUGUUUCAUCACACACUGGUUCAUGGUCAAUUAACCCGAGCACCCACUCUCUGGACUGGACAACCGACUCGGUUUCUUCCGAGUCUGACACAACGGGAUCGUUGGAGUUUAGUGUCGGUGGAGAUGAUGCAGAGGCUUUCUUCCCGGUCAAGGUUGACUUCAAGUCCGAAAAGAGUCUCAUUGGUGUGGAAGUUCUCGACGUUGAACGGGUGGGCGGAGAGGGUUCGGUAACAUUCAGCAAAGAGGUUAGAAUCGGGGUAGAGCAAUACUCGAUUGUGUAG